CCCGGCCGGAGCUGUCCCCCAGCACCCGGCCACUCGGCGGCGGCGGCGGCGGCGGCGGCGGCGGCGGCGGCGGCACGGACACUGCCAGGAGGGGCCGGCCAUGCAGGAGCCGCUGCUGGGGGCCGAGGGCCCGGACUAUGACACCUUCCCUGAGAAGUCGUCCCCGUCGCCGGGGGAGAGGACGCGAGUCGGGGCCCCACAGAACAAGAGGGUGUUCCUGGCUACCUUUGCUGCCGUGCUGGGCAAUUUCAGCUUUGGGUACGCCCUGGUCUACACGUCCCCUGUCAUCCCUGCUCUGGAGCUGUCCUUGGACCCAGACCUGAGGCUGACCAAAACCCAGGCAUCCUGGUUUGGGUCCGUUUUCACCUUGGGCGCGGCGGCUGGGGGCCUCAGUGCCAUGGUCCUCAAUGACCUCCUGGGCCGGAAGCUCAGCAUCAUGUUCUCAGCCGUACCCUCGGCAGCUGGCUACGCACUCAUGGCAGGCGCCCACGGCUUCUGGAUGCUGCUGCUGGGGAGGACGAUGACAGGCUUCGCCGGGGGGCUCACAGCUGCCUGCAUCCCGGUGUACGUGUCUGAGAUUGCUCCCCCGGGUGUUCGUGGGGCCCUGGGGGCCACGCCCCAGCUCAUGGCAGUAUUCGGGUCACUGUCCCUCUACGCCCUUGGCCUCCUGCUGCCGUGGCGCUGGCUGGCUGUGGCCGGGGAAGGGCCUGUGCUCGUCAUGACCCUGUUGCUCAGCUUCAUGCCCAACUCCCCCCGCUUCCUGCUGUCGCGGGGCAGGGACGCGGAGGCGCUGCGGGCGCUGGCCUGGCUGCGCGGGGCCGACACCGACAUCCGCUGGGAGUUCUCGCAGAUCCAGGACAACGUCCAGAGACAGAGCACCCGCGUGUCGUGGGCCGAGGCCCGGAGCCCCCACGUGUACCGGCCCAUCGUCAUCGCCCUGCUGAUGCGCUUCCUGCAGCAGCUGACGGGCAUCACGCCCAUCCUUGUCUACCUGCAGCCCAUCUUCGAAAGCACCGCCGUCCUGCUGCCCCCGAAGGAUGACGCAGCCAUUGUGGGGGCCGUGAGGCUCUUCUCCGUGCUGAUUGCUGCCCUCACCAUGGACCUGGCUGGCCGCAAGGUCCUGCUCUUUGUCUCAGCCACCAUCAUGUUUGCUGCCAACCUGACGCUGGGGCUGUAUGUCCACCUCGGUCCAAAGCCUCCGACUCCCAACAGCACCGUGGAGCUCGAGAGUGCGCCCUUGGGGGGCACGGAGCAGCCCCUGGCCGCACCCACCAGCUACCUUACCCUGGUGCCCCUGGUGGCCACCAUGCUCUUCAUCAUGGGCUACGCCAUGGGCUGGGGGCCCAUCACCUGGCUCCUGAUGUCUGAGAUCCUGCCCCUGCAAGCCCGCGGGGUGGCCUCGGGGCUCUGCGUGCUGGUCAGCUGGCUCACCGCCUUCGCCCUCACCAAGUCCUUCCUGCUGGUGGUGAAUGCCUUUGGCCUCCAGGUGCCUUUCUUCUUCUUUGCUGCCAUCUGCUUGGUCAACCUGCUGUUCACCGGCUGCUGCGUGCCUGAGACCAAGGGCCGGUCGCUGGAGCAGAUCGAGUCCUUCUUCCGCACUGGGAGGAGGUCCUUCCUGCACUAGGUCAGGGUCCCCACCUGGGAGGGGCCAAGCACUGGACGCCGGGCCUCUGUGCUGGCCACAAGCCUGAACCCCAAGCCCAGGGGGCGACAGCAACAUGCCAUCAGACGGAGCCCAGGACCAGACAGAAGCAUGACAGGCCCCCCCGAGUGCGCUUCUGGCUCUGGGCAGGCUGGGCCCCAGCCUGGGCCCCAGCUCAGCCGUGCCGCACGCUCGUCGGCCAAGACCUGCUGGCAGAGGAGACAGCCAUGGGCCACAGGGGAGUACGUGGCCCGGGGUCCAGGAUGAAGCCGGGGCUGAGCAGGGGAGUACACAGCCCAAGGUCCAGGACAAGGCCCUGCUGGGUGACCCCAGGGCCUUGGCCCUUACUCAGGCUCAGAGGAUGCCCCCACACAGGGCUGCCAUGAGGACAGAGCCAGGCAGGGCAAGAGGCAGUGGACGGCUCCACACGAGGAUGUCGUUGUGCCAUUUUGUUCCGAUCACUUAGUCACCACUGAGUGUCCUAACCACAGGGAGGAAGACAGAUCUGCACUUCUGAAAGCUGUGGAUGCCACAGAGAACAUUCUGGACGCCCAGGCCAGGGCACAAAGCCCAGUACAGACCUUCCCCCUACACCCACCCGAUCUCUGGGAACAGGGCUCUUAAGUGCCCCUGUCUGUAAACCGUGUUCACCCCGUUUGUAAAAAUAAAUCAGGCUCUCGGCCCUGGCGUGGAAGGGAA